ACGGUCGAUAUCUUCAAUGCUUUUUUCUCUGCUCAGCAGAUUUUCGUGUGCACUAAAAAUAAUAAAAAAAAAUUAGAAAAACAAAUAGAUUAUACAAAGUAAAAAUCGAAUUACUUGUUAAAGUGAAAAGUGUGUAUAUAUUUGAAUUACCAAAAGUACAAUUAAUAGUUGUACGCAAAGUGUUGAAAUAAUUAUCUGCAAAAUGCCAAUGAGCUAAAAACAAAAAAAAAAUAGUAUAAAAUACAUAUGAAAAAAUCGCUAACAGCGCGAUAGCAAUAACAAAAAAAAACCCGAACAACAACAAUAACAGCAGCAACGUAAAUGUGCUGCCAAUGUGUGUGUGUGUGUUGUAAUUGAACGGAUAGCGACAGCACAACACACGGUUCGCGAGAGCGAGCGAGAGAGAGGAAAGAAAAACACACACAUCGUAUAUUCAAAUUAGAAUCGUGAGGCGACAACUACAACGACGGCGACAUUCCAUAACUGCUGCGCUGCCGUAACCAACACUAAUUUACAACACUGACAAUGCAGCAGCGUACGGAUCAGGAUCAAUAGCAAGCAAUCCCAACUAAUUCCAAUUGGAAUUUGUCACACGAGAGAGGAGCAACAACGGGUGGAGGAGGAACAAUCACGCGCCACCAAUACACGCAAAACACGAACAGCAGCAGGAACAACAACAACAGUAGCAGCAGAAAAAUAGCUCAACCACGUCGUGAUACAACGAUAAUUAUCAAGACAAAUAACUAGAGGAGAGGAGGCGGAGGAGGAGGAGUAGCAGCAACAGCAACACCAGCACCAUGGUCAGCACGAAUCUGGUGGUGCCAGUGGUGCUGUGGGGACCCACAGCGCCGACGCACUGCAUCUCAAGCGUGUUUCUAUCGGACGAUCAAUGCACACUCGUAACCGGCUGCUACGAUGGACAAAUCUGCCUGUGGCAGGUGGAGCCAAGCACAUUAAAGAUGUCGCCACGCUGCCUCUUAGUGGGUCACUCGGCGCCCGUAUUGUGCCUGGUACGUGCCUCACUGCUGCCAGAGAAUAAUUUUCUGGUCAGCUCAUCAGAAAACGGUGAGAUGUGCACCUGGGAUCUGAUCGAUGGCAAAUGCACCGAGGCUGUUAAGCUACCGCAAGUGCACACACAGAUCCAAAGCUAUCACACGGCCAACAGCGAGGAUGUGCGUCUAUUUUGCAUUGGCUACUACGCCGAGAUUAUGGUCAUGGAUCCAUUCAGUCUCGAGGUGAUUUAUGUGCUCAGCUCGAAGGUGAAACCCGAUUGGAUAUCGGCCAUACAUGUGCUGCGUCCGAUGCGACGCAAAGACGAUGUUGUGCUGGCCAUUACAACGACAGGCACCGUCAAGGUCUGGACGUUGACGGGCAAUGAGAACAAACAUGCGGAGCCCAUCUAUGAGAAUGAAUCAAAGGAGAUACGUUGUCUCAAUGCCAUCACCAUGAACUGUUGUGCCCAAAAUCAACGUACUGUGCUCCUCGUUUGCACUAAAUAUUGGCAAAUUUAUGAUGCCGGUGACUUCACGGUAUUGUGCUCGGUAAUUGCACCGGCACGCGAACGCUGGCAAGGCGGUGAUUUCAUCACCUCAGAUCGUGUGAUGCUGUGGACCGACGAGGGCAAGGGAUAUCUGUAUAAAUUGCCAGCGAAUUGCAUACCGGACAACAAGGAGUUCCAUUCGAAGAGUGUGGUGCGCGAUGCUCCCUAUUUGUACUAUGUUCUGCAGCAUGCUGGCGACAAGGUGCUGUCGUGUCCACCGGCCAUGAAACUGCUUAAUGGCAAUCAAACGCAUUUCCUGCUGCGUGGCGAUUCCGAGGGCUAUAUCUCGGUGUGGAAUGUGCCGGAGGUGCCGUUGGAUAACAUUAGCAUACUGCAGGCCAAACAGAUGCCGCCGCGUAUACAGAAGCCACAUGUCUGCACCUCGCUGGUGGAGGCAUGGUCCAUUAUGGAUCCACCACCCGUUGGCAUACUCGAUCAAUUGUCACGCAUCACCGAAUCUCCAGUGAAGCUGACGUCCAGCAUUUAUUUGCCACAGCAGAGUCGUUUGGUUAUUGGACGCGAGGAUGGCAGUAUUGUCAUUGUGCCGGCAACGCAGACGGUCAUGAUGCAGCUGCUCGUGGGUAUUAAGCAGAAUUUCAGUGAUUGGCCAUCGCAUCAGAUACUUUACGGCCAUCGUGGACGCGUCAAUUGCCUGCUCUGUCCAUCGAUGGUGCAUCCACGUUACGAGAAAUCCCAUCUACUGUCCGGCGGCAUUGAUUUCGCCGUCUGCUUGUGGGAUUUGUACAGCGGCAGCUUGUUGCAUCGCUUCUGUGUACAUGCCGGCGAAAUUACACAGCUGCUCGUACCGCCCGAGAGCUGCAGUCCCCGGAUACUCAAGUGCAUCUGUUCGGUGGCCUCGGAUCAUUCGGUGACGCUCGUUAGCUUGCAGGAGCGCAAGUGCGUGACGUUGGCUAGUCGUCAUCUAUUUCCAGUGGUGACUAUCAAGUGGCGGCCACUCGAUGAUUUCCUUAUCGUUGGCUGCUCCGAUGGCAGCGUUUAUGUGUGGCAAAUGGAAACGGGUCACUUGGAUCGUGUGCUCCACGGGAUGCUGGCCGAGGAAGUGUUGUCCGCCUGCGAUGAGCAAGCGUUGGAAGACGGCGGUGGCUCGGGAUCUGGAGGCGGUGGUGCUGGUGCCGCCAAUUCGGCCAGCGAAAUGGGCAUGGCGAAUCCGGCAGUGCAUUUCUUCCGUGGUUUGAAGUCGCGCAACAUGAAUGCCAUCAGGCAUGCAACUCAACGGGGCAUUCAUCAGUUGCAGCAGCUGCAAGGACACAAUCAGGGCAACUUUGAUUUCCUUAUGAAGCAUCGCAGCAAUCCCUUGGUCAUUCAGGGACUGCGCACCAAUCCCAAGGAUGCCGAGAGUCACAUACUCUUCUUUGACAUUGAGGGUUUGAUCUUUGAACUGCACAGCGAGGAAUAUGCACAGAUGACGCCGGCAACGCUGGAGGCAUUGGGUGUGCAUCUCAACAAUCCUAAGGAUGGCAAGUCAAUGCACAUUGAUGCGAGCAAAAAGAUUGGUGACUUCUUCAACAAGGUCAAGAACAAGGCAGUCGAUGUGGAGAAGAUACUAAAGGAAAAGGACAAGCAUGGACUGGUGCAAAAGUUCAAGGAGAAAACGGAAAUUGUGGAGAAAAAGGUGCAGGCCAAGGUGGAGAGUCUGCAGAAAGCGGUGGAAAUGCACGAUGAACAGCAACAGGAUCUAAAGAGUAAAAUCGCCUCCAAAAUGGAGGUGACACACGUCAUGGAGGUGGCGCAAUUGUUGCUCUCGCUGCUGCACUCCUGGGGCCUAGAUCCACAUCUGGACAAGGUGUGUGAGUCACAAUUGGGUCUGUUGCGUCCGAUUGUGCCCAUAUCGUAUGGUGUGUUAUCCAAGGCUGGAUACAUGUCGCUGUUGUUGCCCACGUGGCAGAAUAACUAUGCCAUACCGCCGGGUCUGCAGUUGCCCACCAGCUCCAAGAAGCGACCGCUGCCCGAGGAGUUGCGUCGCUUGGAGCAUUUGACUGCAAUCUUUACAUCCCGUCUGCAUUGGGAGCUGAGCACCACACUCACCUCCAAUCACAUACUGGCCUUGGUGGCCAUGUCCAACACACUGAUGUCCAUGAGCGCUGCCUCUUUUCUGCCCGAUAGCGAGAAGCACAAGAAACUGCAACGUCUGGCCCAACGUGCCGACUCCACGCUGAGCAAUGAGGAGGAACGUGAAGAGCUGUUGGCCCAUCACACGUCACAGAUUAAGCAGGGCUGGAGUCUGCUGUCGACACAUCACUGCUUCCUGUUGCCCGAUAAAAUCGAAGCGUUGGAGCCAAAGAAAUUCAAGCGUCCGCAGGUUGAGAUGAUGGUCAAACGUUGGCAGCAUCAUUGCAUCGAGAUACGCGAGGCGGCGCAGCAAAUACUGCUGGGCGAGCUGACGCGCAUGGGCAAGAAGGGACGCAAACAGCUCGUGGAGAGCUGGGCUCAGUAUCUGCCGCUCUACACGCACACGGAGCCCAUUGUUGGUGCCCAACAGGUGGCCGCUUUGAUCAACAGCCAGUCAGGCGGUGGUGGCAGCGCUGGUAGCGGUGCUGCCAACUCGCUGGGCAAUGGCAACAACGCACUCUCGGGUGGACAGUCCAUGGGUGGCGGUGGCGGCGGCGGUGUUGCAGGCAAUGGCGCUGGCGGUAAUGGAGCCGAUCAACAGGACGAGGACUAUGAGGAGGAAGAGGAGGAGAUAAUACGCAAACCGUCCAGUUUAUCGGAGCUGAAGCGCAAGCAGACGACAGCGGUCAUAUUGCUGGGCGUAAUUGGUGCCGAAUUCGGUCAGGACAUUUCACAGGAGUCGCCCAAUCAUCGCGGCAGCAUCAGCAUGAGCGCUGCCCAAACCGAACGUCGCAAGUCAUCGGUAGUGGAAGGUUUCGGCAUUGCCAACAAUCUGGCACGCCUCACAUCGAUGGCCCUGGCCCAUCUGCUUUAUGCACCGCCGUCACCCAAGCUGCCGCAAUACACGCCGUUGCGACGUGCCGCCAUCGAUCUGCUGGGUCGUGGCUUCACCGUGUGGGAACCGUAUCUGGAUGUGUCGAAGGUGUUGCUGGGUCUGCUGGAGAUCUCGUGCGAGGGCAAAGCGGUGCCCAAUCUCAACUACAAGUUGCCGCUGACACCGCAAGCGGACGCUUGUCGCACCGCACGUCAUGCGUUGCGCUUGAUUGCCACCGCUCGACCGGCUGCGUUCAUCACGACGAUGGCGCGAGAGGUGGCACGGUACAAUACGAUGCAACAGAAUGCACAGUCGAUUAACACACCGCUGACGCAAUCGGUGCUGUACAAGGCGAAGAGCGAAAUACUGCAGUGUGUCGAGAUGCUGAUCGAUAAGAUGCAAUCAGAGAUUGCAGGACUCCUGGUGGAGGUGAUGGACAUUGCGCUGCACUGUGUGGAUAGCAAUGAGCUGAAGAGUCGCGGCCUUGCUGAACUCUGUCCGGCCAUCUGCAAGUUCAAUCAAAUCUCGCAUUGUGCGCAGACGCGUCGCAUCGCCGUUGGUGCAAACAGCGGCAAUUUGGCCAUCUAUGAGUUGCGACAGAACAAAUGCCAGAUGAUACCGGCGCAUACGCAUCCGAUCACCUCGUUGGCCUUCUCACCGGAUGGCAAAUAUCUGGUGUCGUAUUCAUGUGCCGAGAAUCGUUUGUCCUUCUGGCAGACAUCAACAGGCAUGUUUGGUCUGGGACAAUCGCAGACGCGCUGCACCAAAGGCUAUUCCACCGCCCCCAUACCGGAUGUGUCGCGUCUGAAUCCGAUGCGUUUGGCAAAACUCGUUUGGAUCAACAAUCGCACCGUUACGCUAAUGCUGGCCGAUGGCUCUGAGACGCGUUUCAAUGUCUAAAUGUGUGCAAUAGAUGAUCGAAGAUAUUGCGAUCGAUUGUUGAUCAUCGAUUAGCCACACGGAUCGAUAUUGAGAGAGAGAGAGAGAGUGCUCAGAAGUCAGUGCGUAUUCCGGAGUGGAGUCAACGUCGUUAGGCCACAUAAACUGAGCAGCUGAGCUGCAUACUAUUUAGGCAAUCAACAACGCGGACUUCAAAAGCGAGCGACCAGCUAAGUAGAGCAACCAUCAACUAAAACAAUAAUUCAAUGAAACAUGAGAAAACAAAUAUUAAUUUGAGAAUCGAAAAAUUAGCAUCUGAGCGGUAGCCGAUAAACAUAUACAAACAAACCACAACAAAAAAAAAAAAACAACAAAACAAAAACAAAAAAAAAAAAAAUUAAAAAAAAAAAAAAACAAAAUAAAGAAAAGAAAAGCAAAAAAAUAGUAAUGAAAAUAAGAA